AUGGCAUCGCAAGUUGAAGUAGACGGGCGACCUUGCGAUGACGACGACGAUUACAUUGAAUAUGAAGGUUACAAUACAAGCUCUCGUAUUGACCUUUAUGGUUAUGGUCGACGAGAAAAUACCAAAUUCAGAGAUGGACAAAGGUGCAAAAAAAAAACAAUCAAAUUGCUCGAGAAUUUGCCCAAAGCGUCGCGUUUUAGCCCAUUACUGCCCAAAAACGUGAGUGGAAACGGCGAAUACGGAGGUGCGCGAGAGAGUGACGAUAUGACUGAAGAACCGGUUGAUAGAAACGCAGAUGCAAAUGAAAAGGAUAUAACAACUGAUGCCAUACCGAGUAAACGUCCGAAAUUAUCUUCAUAUGUAAAAGGCGAUUUUGAUGAUUCGAAACUAGACAUGGAAGAUAGUGAUUCAUCAUCUGAAAUACAUGUUGAUGAUAGAAACACGAGAGCUCUAGCUGCUGAUGAACCAACAUACAAACUGGAAACAUUCGAAAAGAAUGCUAUGAUAAUAUUCAAUCAAUAUCAUGUUGAGGGAUAUAAACCUAGAGUCGGCACUGAAGAGGACGGGACGCGUAUUACAGAAACUCUACAAGGAUUCAAUUUUGAAGGAAAACAAUAUAUGGAUUGUACAAAGAAGCAAAUUUUUAAAAAAUUGGAGAAAUUUAGCAAAAUGGAUUUUACCGACUACGGUUGCGUGGCGGUAGUCGUGAUGACCCACGGCGGAGCUAAAGGCCGUCUGAUGGCAAAAGAUGAUUGGUACAGCGAGCAAGACAUCCUCGAGUAUUUCAAGCACAAGGACAAACCUAAACUGGUCACCAAACCUGUCGUCGUGAUUAUUCAGGCAUGUAGAGGCAUCAGAGAUAUGAAAGCAGCAGUAGCUGGGCAAAAAAAGAAAUUCACGGAGAAAGAUUCGAGCCCCAACGACGAGGUGAAACAUUACUAUCUACCAGUGGAAGCUGAUACUAUAGUGCUGCAUAGUUCUUAUAUCAACAAGCCCUCGCAUAGAACAGAAUAUGGCACCUGGUUCAUACAGUCCUUUUGCGAUGCAAUUGACAGACUAUCAAAAACGCAUGACCUUGAGUCAAUAAUGAUAGAAGUGAAAAGAGAAGUUGCAAUCAAGAAAUACCACCGCGUCAAGGAUGGAAGCACUAGAAAGUAUCAAAUCAAUAAACAAAUGCCGGUCGUCACUUCUGCCUUGAUGCGGAAGUUUUAUUUCAGGAAAUUUGGUGAUGAGGUAAUUACAACCACAAUUUCA